GGACUGCAAGGGGGGUAUAUUCACUUUUUCACGACUGAGGGAAACACAACGCCGGCGAGAGAAAAAGCAAAAAACAAUUGACAGUGUCGGUUUCAUGAUUCCCGAAGUGUCUGCGAAAUGUCUACGAAAGCAGAACAGUUUGCUUCUAAGAUACGAUACUUGCAAGAGUAUCACAACCGUGUGCAACACAAUAUUUACCCUGUGCCCUCUGGAACAGACAUUGCAAACACACUGAAAUACUUUUCUCAAACCUUGCUCAGCAUUCUGUCCCGCACAGGCAGGAAGGAGAACCAGGAAGCUUCCAAUUUGGCCGUGCCCAUGACCAUGUGUCUUUUUCCUGUGCCAUUCCCACUCACCCCAUCUCUAAGACCACAAGUCAGUUCCAUCAACCCUACAGUUACUCGCUCCCUCCUUUACAGCGUUCUGCGCGAUGCCCCAUCAGACCGCGGGGGGCAGGGGCAGCAGAGUCGGGACGCUCAGCUCUCAGAGUACCCCUCUCUGGACUAUCAGGGCCUCUAUGUGACCCUCGUGACCCUGCUUGACCUGGUGCCCCUGCUGCAGCACGGUCAGCAUGAUCUGGGACAGUCCAUAUUUUACACUACAACUUGCCUCCUGCCCUUUCUCAGUGAUGAUAUUCUCAGCACUUUGCCCUAUACUAUGAUCUCCACUUUAGCCACAUUUCCCCCUUUCCUCCACAAAGACAUCAUUGAGUACCUGAGCACCUCUUUCCUUCCAAUGGCUAUAUUGGGUUCAACUCGAAGAGAGGGUGGUGUCCCAGCCUAUGUCAAUCUCUCUGCCUCCUCUAUGCUUAUGAUCGCAAUGCAGUACACCUCAAAUCCAGUAUAUCACUGUCAGCUGUUGGAGUGUCUCAUGAAGCACAAACAGGAAGUGUGGAAGGACCUACUUUAUGUCAUAUCCUACGGGCCGUCCCAAGUGAAGCCUCCAGCGGUGCAGAUGCUCUUUCAUUACUGGCCCAACCUCAAGCCUCCUGGUGCCAUCAGUGAAUACAGAGGGCUACAGUACACAGCCUGGAACCCUAUCCACUGUCAGCACAUUGAGUGCCACAACGCCAUCAACAAACCUGCCGUCAAGAUGUGCAUAGAUCCCACUCUUUCUGUUGCCCUGGGAGACAAGCCCCCUCCUCUUUACAUUUGCGAGGAGUGCAGCCAGAGGAUAGCAGGAGACCAUGCUGAAUGGCUCGUUGAUGUGCUUUUGCCCCAAGCUGAGAUAUCUGCCAUUUGUCAAAAGAAGAACUGUAGCUCUCAUGUUAGAAGGGCCGUGGUCACCUGCUUCUCAGCCGGCUGCUGUGGGCGCCAUGGCAACCGGCCUGUCCGCUACUGCAAGCGUUGCCAUGUCAACCACCACAGCAGUGAGGUGGGGGCUGCGGCGGAGACCCAUCUGUAUCAGACCUCACCCCCUCCCAUCAACACCAGAGAGUGCGGGGCUGAGGAGCUGGUGUGCACCGUGGAGGCUGUUAUAAGCCUGCUGAAAGAGGCAGAAAUUCACGCCGAACAGCGUGAGUUUGAGCUGAACAGGCGUCGUCAGAUGGGCCUGUCUGCCUCCCACCACUCUCUGGACAACAUCGACUUUGACAACAAGGAGGAUGACCAGCACGACCAGCGCCUCCUCAGUCAGUUUGGCAUCUGGUUCCUGGUGAGCCUGUGCACCCCCAAUGAGAAUACUCCCACAGAGAGCCUGGCUCGGCUGGUCAGCAUGGUCUUCCAGUGGUUUCACUCCACCGCCUACAUGAUGGAUGAUGAGGUGGGCAGCCUGGUGGAGAAGCUCAAGCCUCAGUUUGUCACCAAGUGGUUGAAGACGGUGUGUGACGUGCGCUUCGACGUCAUGGUCAUGUGCCUGCUGCCCAAACCUGUGGAGUUUGCCAGGGUGGGGGGGUACUGGGACAAGUCAUGCAGCACGGUGACCCAGCUAAAGGAGGGCUUGAACCGCAUCCUGUGUCUGAUACCCUACAACGUCAUCAGCCAGCCUCUCUGGGAAUGCUUCAUGCCUGAGUGGCUGGAGGCCAUCCGCACUGAGGUGCCCGACCACCAGCUGAAAGAGUUCCGGGAAGUGCUCAGUAAGAUGUUUGAUAUCGAGUUGUGCCCUCUGCCCUUCUCCAUGGAAGAGAUGUUUGGCUUCAUCAGUUGCAGAUUCUCUGGUUACCCAGCGUCUGUGCAAGAGCAGGCUUUAUUGUGGCUGCAUGUGCUGUCAGAGCUGGACAUUGUGGUGCCUCUUCAGCUGCUGAUUGGGAUGUUCUCUGAUGGCGUGAACUCUGUGAAGGAGCUGGCCAAUCAACGGAAAGCCCGGGUGUCAGAUCUGACUGGCAACACCGGGGCUCGUAGGGUGAGUGUGGUCUCAGAUCCAGGACGCCGUGGGCAACACAACACCUUGAGCCCGUUCCCGAGUCCAUUCCGCAGCCCGUUCCGCAGCCCGCUGCGUUGCAGCCCCUUUAAAAACCUGGGGCACGCCGCUGGCCACUGUGCUCUGGAUCUGGACUGUGACGAUGACGACAUGAACCUGGGCUGCUUCAUCCUCAUGUUUGACCUCAUCCUCAAGCAGAUGGAGCUCCAGGAUGAUGGUGUGAUGCUGGGUCUAGACAGCAGCCUGGGCAAAGAUAUCGUGGGCAUCAUCAACAAUGUAUUCCAGGCUCCAUGGGGGGGCUCACACACCUGCCAGAAGGAUGAGAAAGCUCUGGAGUGCAGCCUAUGCCAAUCCAGCAUCCUGUGCUACCAGCUGGGCUGUGAGCUGCUGGAGAGGCUGACCCCACGGGAAGAGAUAGGCCUGGUGGAGCCCACUGACAGCUUGGAGGAAACCUUGCUUUUGCCUCAGCCAGAUUACUCCCAGGGGCCCGAGAACACGACCGAGGAAGGAGACAACCCAAGUGGCAUAAACACUGACAACCCCAGUAACACUCACCCGAUAACCCACGUGGCGAUGAAGAAUAACUCCGAUAAGAAGUUCUCCUACCAGCAGCUGCCAGUGUCUUUGAAGCUUAUUUACACAAUUCUGCAGGAAAUGUCCAAGUUUGAGGAGCCUGACAUCUUGUUCAACAUGCUGAACUGUCUGAAGAUCCUGUGCCUCCAUGGGGAGUGUCUGUACCUCGCCCGUAAAGAUCAUCCCCAGUUCCUGGCCUACAUCCAGGAGAAGAUGCUCAUCCCAAGCCUGUGGUCCAUGUUGAAGUCAGAGUUUUGCCAGCUGGCCUCGCUGGCUGUGCCUCAGCUCCUCCAUGCCCUCUCUCUCUCCCACGGGGCGGACAUCUUCUGGAACCUUAUCGACACAAACUUCAACAGCAAGGACUGGAAGAUACGAUUCGAAGCGGUGGAGAAAGUGGCAGUGCUAUGUCGGUUCCUGGACAUCGGCUCCGUGACGAAAAACCACUUGCUGAAGUAUUCCCUGGCCCACGCCUUCUGCUGCUUCCUCGCCUCUGUGGAGGACGUCAACCCAGCCGUGGCCACCCGUGCCAGACUGCUGCUAGACACCAUCAAGAGGCCGGCCUUACAGGGCUUGUGCCUGUGUCUGGAUUUCCAGUUUGACACAGUAGUGAGGGAUCGACCCAUCAUCUUGAGCAAACUUCUGCUGCUGCACUUCCUGAAGAAAGAGGUUCCCGCCCUCAGCUGGGAGUUUUUUGUCAACCGCUUUGAAACGUUAUCUCUGGAGGCCCAGCUACACCUGGACUGCAACAAGGAGUUCCCUUUCCCUACUACUAUUACAGCCGUACGCACCAAUGUAGCCAACCUCAGUGAUGCAGCAAUGUGGAAAAUACGACGGGCCCGUUUUGCCAGGAAUCGGCAGAAGAGCGUGCGUUCCCUCCGUGACAGUGUGAAGGGCCCGUCGGAGUCUAAGCGGGCGUUCUCACUGCCUGAGUCACUGAGCAACCGGCUUCGCCAGACCCCAUCUCCUGAGGAUGACUCAGUUGUCAGAGACCUGCUUCCUGAGAAUGCUGGGAUAGACCACCAGACGGUUCACCAGCUGAUCAUGGUGCUCAUGAAAUUCAUGGCCAAAGACCAGAGUAGCGCCGAGGCCGACAUUGGAAGUGCCAAAGCUUUCAACACUGUGAAGCGACACCUGUAUGUGCUGCUGGGCUACGACCAACAAGAGGGCUGCUUCAUGAUCGCCCCUCAGAAGAUGCGUACCUCCACCUGCUUUAAUGCCUUCAUCGCUGGAAUCGCACAAGUGAUGGACUACAAUAUUGGUCUAGGGAAGCAGCUGCUCCCCCUGGUGGUCCAGGUGUUGAAGUAUUGCACUUGUCCUCAGCUGAGACAUUAUUUCCAGCAGCCGCCCCGUUGCUCGCUUUGGGCCUUGAGGCCACACAUUAGACAGAUGUGGCUCAAAGCCCUGCUCGUCAUCCUCUAUAAGUAUCCUUACAGGGACAUGGAUGGCAGUAAAAUAGUCAUCCACUUGAUCCACAUCACUAUUAACACACUGAAUGCCCAGUAUCACAGCUGUCGCCCCCAUGCCACUGCGGGACCCCUCUACAGCGACAACUCCAACAUGAGCCGCUACAGUGAGAAGGAAAAAGAGGAGGACAGUGUGUUUGAUGAGUCAGAUAUCCAUGACACACCCACUGGUGCUGCUAACAAAGAGUCACAGACCUUCUUUGCCCGUCUCAAGCGGAUUGGUGGGAGCAAGUCUGUGAAGUACCAGCCCGUCGAGCUGAAUGCCAAGAAAAGUGAUAUUGAAUUGUCUGAGUACCGUGAAGCCAGUGCCCUUCAGGACAGCAUCCUGCACUGUGUGAGGGAGGAGAGCACAAGGAAGAAGCGGCUACAGGCCAUGCACAAGCAGAAGUCUCUGGACAUUUCCAACACAGACUCCAUCCUCUUCAAUCUCGAUGAACACCGACGCAAGUCCUGCAUUGACCGCUGUGACCUGCAGGCGCCCCCUGCGGUCCUGCCCCCGUCCUCUGCCACGUCCCACAGCAGACAUCAAGGCAAAGGCUCGUCCAAUGGCUCUUCGGUACGGGUGGGGGGCUGUGAUCCUCAAGACCGACGUGGCUCUCGAGGUGGACAUUCCGACAUUUCCAAACCCGUCAUCCCAGAGGUCCGUCUCAGCUGCAUGGAGACCUUUGAGGACAAGCUGGACCAGAGCUCCUUGGGAGGAUCAGCUCAGGACAAGGACGACCCAGAUCUCAUUGACUUGUCUUCCGACUGCACCUCCAUUCCAGAGAAACACUCGCUGCUCUCCAUGUCCGACAGUGACUCCCUGGUGUUUGAACCGCUGCCUCCUCUGAGGAUAGUGGAGAGCGAUGAGGAAUUUGACCUCAGUGCCAUCAUCAGCUCCAGGCUCAACGGGGGUAGCAAGAUCCCUGCUUCCCCUGCUAGCAGCAACACCUUGCGACUGUCUCCUGUGGUGCAGGUGAGUGUGGAGGAUUGCUCUAGCAAAACAGAAACCCCAGACCUUUCAGUGGGAGAGGGAAGCUCAGAGCAACCAUUUAUGGACAAGAGGCCGAACCGAGUGACUCCCAGCACCUCCUUGGAGCUUCCUGACCGUCCAGAAUAUGUCUGCCACGAAAGCCCCAUGACCUUGAAACAGAAGCGAGACCUGCUGAGGAAGACGCCGCACGUCCCUGACACCUCACUGGAUGACAUGUCUGUGACCUCUGAGGAGCUGAAGGCCGGGGUGGCACUCGGGACGAGCCCCUCAGGUAGAACGAUCUUCUUAGACAUCCCGGAGGACACAGCAGAGCCUCUUUCCUCACCAGAAAAACUCAGCAACGACGAUGAAGAUGACGGUGAUGAUGAAGACGAUGAUGACAUUGGUGAUGAAGGGGACAGCGACCCUAAACCUGACAAUGAGGACGACAAUGACGAGGCAGAGUUCAAAAUCCAGAUUGUUCCCCGACAACGCAAGCAGAGGAAAAUAGCUGUCAGUGCCAUCCAGAGGGAAUACCUCGAUAUCUCUUUUAACACUCUGGACAAGCUGGCUGGUGAGCAGACGACAGAAACCGAUCACAAAGUUCUGUCUACCUUGGAAAAGCCACGAGAAUCUGCCUCAGCUCCCACCCUCGAAGCUGCUAUGCCCGAAACGAGCCACCGCUCUUCAGUAUCAACUCAGUACCGUCAGGUGAAACGAGGCUCUCUGGGAGCCCUGACCAUGAGCCAGUUAAUGAAGAGACAGCUGGAGCACCAGUCCAGCGCACCUCACAACAUCAGCACCUGGGAGACAGGUCAGACUGCAGCAGACUCUGAUAAGUGGAUCUAACUGCAAGCCUGUCUUUAUUUCACUGCUGUUGCUCUCUUCUUUUUAGGCCCCACUAAGACCAGUCUCCUCUCUGCACCAAGCACAGUCAGCAUGUUUGUCCCUGCGCCUGAGGAGUUCAUUGACGAGCAGCCUACCACCAUGUCUGACAGGUGCCGUGACUGUGGGGCUGUGCUGGAGGAAUAUGAUGAAGAGACUCUGGGCCUGGCAGUGGUGGUUCUCUCCAUGUUCAUCCACCUCAGCCCUGACUUGGCCGCUCCAAUGCUUCUCGACAUCAUGCAGUCUGUGGGCAGGUUGGCAUCUAGUGCCAAUUUUCCUGGACAAGCUGAGAGUAUGUUGAUCCCAGGGAAUGCAGCAGGUGUAGCCAAGCAGUUCCUCCGCUGUAUGUUUCAUCAGUUGGCCCCCAAUGGCAUCUUACCCCAGCUUUUUCAGAGUAACAUCAAAGAUGGAAGUUUCCUAAGAACACUUGCAUCUGCAUUGAUAGACUUCAACGAACUGAGUUCUGUUGCUGCCCUCAACAUGCUGCUUGAAGGUCUGAACAACAAGAAGAGUCUACCGGCAGGGGGCACUAUGCUGCACUGCCUUGACAACAUCGCCACCUUCAUGGAGGCUCUCCCAAUGGAUUCCCCCAGCAACCUGUGGACCACAAUUUGCAACCAGUUCCAGACCUUUCUCACAAAAUUACCCUCUGUGCUUCCUUUAAAGUGUCCCAUGGAUUCCAGUUUGCGGAUCAUUAUUUGUCUACUGAAAAUCCCUACCACAAAUGCCACCCGGAGCCUACUGGAGCCUUUCUCCAAGCUGCUGAGCUUCAUCAUCCAGUACGGCAUGUUCAGUCUCUCCUACCUGGUAGAACUAUGUGGCCUGUGUUACAAAGCCUUCAACAAGGAGAGAGAUAAGUUCUACAUGUCCCGCAUUGUGGUGCUAGAGCUUCUGCAGGCUCUCAAGUUCAAGUCUUCUCUGCCAGACACAAACUUGCUACUGCUGGUCCAGUUUGUUUGUGCAGAUAUUGGUACACGGCUAGCAGAAUCCACCAUCAUCCAGAAGCACAUGAUCUCAACGCUGCCGGGGUGCACAACAGCAGCGAUGGAAUGCAUGAGGCAAUACAUAAGCGAGCUGCUGGACUUCAUUGCAGAUAUGCACACGCUAACCAAACUGAAAAGCCACAUGAAGGCUUGCUGUCAGCCGCUGCACGAAGACACCUUCGGGGGGAAUCUCAAAGUGGGCUUGGCACAAGUCGCUGCCAUGGAGAUCAGCAAAGGCAAUCACCGUGAUAACAAAGCUGUGGUCCGUUAUCUUCCAUGGCUUUAUCAUCCUCCCUCCACCAUGCAACAAGGGCCAAAGGAGUUCAUCGAGUGUGUGUCCCACAUCCGUCAGCUGUCCUGGCUUCUUUUGGGGUCUCUGACUCACUGUGCCCUGCAUCAGGGCUCCACUUCCUGCAUGCCCAUCCCCCUCGAUGCUGGUUCCCACAUCGCGGACCACCUGAUUGUCAUCCUUAUUGGCUUCCCAGAACAGUCCAAGACGUCGGUGCUGCACAUGUGCUCCCUGUUCCACGCCUUCAUGUUUUCCCAGCUGUGGACCAUCUAUUGUGAGCAGGCGGCAGCUGCUCCGGCUUUGCAAAACCAGAACCAGACAGAGUUUUCCUCUAGCGCCAUCCUCACUGGCCUGGAGUUCUGGAGCCGGGUUACACCCAGCAUCCUGCAGCUCAUGGCCCACAACAAAGUGAUGGUGGAGAUGGUGUGUCUUCAUGUCAUUAGUCUGAUGGAAGCCCUACAGGAGUGCAACUCAACCAUCUUUGUCAAGCUAAUUCCUAUGUGGCUACCCAUGAUUCAGUCCAACCUCAAGCAUCUGUCUGCGGGGCUGCAGCUGCGUCUCCAGGCCAUCCAGAACAGGGUGAACCACCAGUGUCUGCAGGGCCAGGCCCCGGGAGCCUUUCCGUUCGCCUUGCGCAAAUGGCUGCAGUGCACCCAGUUUAAGAUGGCUCAGGUGGAGAUCCAGUCAUCUGAGGCUGCAUCACAGUUUUACCCCAUGUGACUUCUUCUGUGGUCAGCUCUGGGGUCGUCCAGGGACAAGUCCUCCUCAGGACCAGAAUGCACCUGAUCUGGUUGAUCUGGUCUUUCACCAAAAAGGACUCCUCCAUAAACCAAGACUGGCUGUCUUGGAUUCAUUUGGACUGAAGCAUCUUGAGCACCUUUUGUAUUAUACUAGUAUAUGUACAGUACAGUAAAUCAAUGCUGUCUUAAAGUGCUAUCUUUGGAACUGGUAAUAAAAUCUUUGGUAGGCUUGUGGGGGAUAAUUGUAUCAGGUGCCUAAUUGUUGUAUUCAAGAUCUGAGAAGUCAGUAGAUGAUUGAGAAAAUUUCUUUAGACCCAUGUUAGUAAAAAAGAGGGUCUGAAAUCAAAUGCUUGUCAAAAGUUAGAUAUGCUCACUCUGUGACAUUCAUAUUCUUUCACUUUUUAAGUUGCUUGGUUGCAAGCUGAAUAAUAAAAGUAUGAGUUUU